UUUUUGCCAAACAGUCUGUUUUUUUGUAAAAGUUUGUUGAUAAAUUAGCUGGUGCUGAUUAAAACUAAACUUAGGGUACAAGUAAUGAAAGUGGGCGUUUUACGAUGGCGUCCAAUCGUGAUAUAUUCUCGAAACAUUUGCCAAACGUGAAAUUGGCCACACGUAUCGAUGCCGAAGGACGUGAAGUUCAAGUGGAGAGACGUGAAGAUGUAGACGCUACAGUAAAGGAGUUCGAAACAUUUGAUAUGCUGGUUGCGGCUGGCUAUUAUCGGGCACGUAUCAAAGGUUUAUCGCCCUUUGAUAAAGUUGUCGGUGGUAUGACUUGGUGCAUCGAAUGCUGUGAUUACGAUGUGGACGUGGAUUUAUUGUUCCACGAAAACUUAACAAUAGGCCAAAAAAUCGCACUCGUUGAAAAAAUUGUGUCUGUCUUGCCACAAAUGAAGUGCCCUUUUCAGAUAGAACCACAUCAAAUACAAGGACUCGAAUUUCUUAGCAUACAUCCGGUUAUACAAUGGCUGGUUAAAAAAUCAGUUGAAAACCGUGCUGAACGUGCACAGCGACUGAAAAAGUUUGCCAUAGGGCAAUUCCACAAUCACUACCAAUAUAAAACGGAUAAAGAGCAGCUGGCGAAGAUACGAAAUGCUUCAGCGCAUAUUAAGCGCAUUCAAGAACUCUAUAAUCCUGUGCGGGCAUAUCAACGCAAGGAUGCGGGGAAUGAAGAUGAGAAAACGCGUGUGCGCAUGACUUUGCUAGAGUACGGUUGUGCGACUGCGCCGAGUACGACUAAUGAAACCCGUUCUGGUGCGAGCGAUGAGCUUGAUGUGCACAAAUUGCUAAAAAAUCUUUCCUUAACAAACGAGCAUAUCACAUGCUCGCCAACACAUCGCUUGGAUGCCAGCGAACGCAGCGCCAUGAUUAGGCACUACACUGAACUGCAACAGGAAAUGGAAACGGAUGCCAAACAAUUAUCAGAACACAGUCAAAUUAAAAUGCUUGAAGCUUCGAAAGUCGCAUUAGAACGUAAGGUUCAAAGUAAUCUCGAAGAGAAUAAAGAAAUAGAGGCGGAAUUACAAAAGCAAAAGCAACAACUGCAACAAUAUGUCGAACGAAAACAGGAAUUGCAAGCUGAAAUCGAACAGUACAAAGCAAUUGAAGCGAAAGCGGAUCCAGAGCUUGUUACUAAAGUGCAUGAUAUGUUGAAGCAACAUGACCAACUAAAAAAGGAAGAGGCGGAAUUCAAAGAGUUCUGUCGGCAAGAUUUGGCCAAUUUGCAAAAGGAGAUUGACGAACUGGAAGCUUUCAAUGCACAAACACCGGAGGAACAAGAAGCUGCCAUCUCAAAAGAGAAAGCACAAAUACAGGAACUGAAGCUGCAGAUAGCCAAAAAGAAUCGUAGCAUUGUGGUCAUGCAGCGACGGUUAGAUGCCAUACCCGAUCGCACGGAACUAACACAGUACCAGCGACGGUUUCAUGAGCUACACAAUGAAAUGAGUGCCAAACACAUAGAGACGAAGCAAUACUACACGCUCUUCAACACGUUGAAUGACAAGAAACGUUAUCUCGAAAAGGAACUCUCACUACUCAAUUCCAUAUGCGAAGCAUACAAUGAGGGCAUGACCAGCGUGCAGGGUCGUGAAGAGUUCAUCAAACAGUUCGAAGCAAUUGUGACGGGUGUGAGGCAAACCGAACAAAAGGUGCGUCAGAAGUACAACGAGGAAUGUGCGCGGCGCGAUGCGCUCAACGCGGAGCUACAGAGCCUACUCGAGCUGCAGCGUCAGUAUGCGGCCGCUGUGAAACAGCUGACCAAGGAGUGCCAGCGUUGCGAGCAAUUGCAGCAGCAUUUAAAGUCAAUUCGGCAAAAGUAGUCUAGUAAUUAGUGGUAUAUAUAUAUAUAGUAGUAUGUACAGUACAGUACAGUUAGCAAUUUACAGCAGGAGAAAAAGAGAUUUAGAGAGAAAGGCGUUUUUAUGUGCAAAGAAAAGAAAGAUAUUGAAUUGCUAUCGAAGAUUUUAAUGAAACGAUUUUGUUUUAGCUCAAAGUAUGUACUCGCAGUGUGUUGUUUAUAUACUAUAUGUACAUACCUUGUUUAAGCAUACACAUAUAAGUAUAUUAGUAAAAUUGUUUGUUUGCCAGUUCCAAUACAAAAACCGUACGUAUUAUUAUAAAGAAUGUUUGGAAAGCGAGAUUAAACGAAAAUUUGAUUCCAUUUUGCUACAUACUCGUAUAUCAGAAACUGCUAAUUUAGGAAAAUUACUUAAUUAAUUUAUAAUUAAACACGUUUUUAAUGAAA